ACAUCCUCUCCCCUACACAAGGAAUGGACUGGUCUAGUUUUUCCAGUUCGGCGUUGUCGAAACAUGGCGGAUGUUUGGAAGGAAGUGGAUAUCCAUGAGUAAUUGGAAUGAGGACACGGAACACAAACAGUUAGGCAGGGACUGUGAGCAGCAUUUUCUCUGGUUUCCUCUCUGGGAAGAUCUACACCAGACCCAUUGAGGAGUGGCCAAGAUCUUGGACAACAGUGUAGUACCUUCCAAACACAUUAGUACAGUGUAGAAACAGACCGACAUGAAGCAGAGGAUGACACUCCAUCUGUCCUGGUUGCUGCUGUGCCUGGUGCUGUGUGUGGACGCCUCGCUCAGCCCGUGGGGGUACGACUAUCCCGCGGCGGACGACGACGUGUUCGAGAGACAAAACUACGCCAGACACGAGGAGGAGGAGGAGUAUGAGGAGUUUGUGCUGGAUGUGAAGAUGCCGGGGGUCUUCCCUCGUCAGGAUGAUGCAUACCUUUGCACACAAGUGGAGACCCCAGAAAAUAUAGCAUACAUCACUGAAUUUGUGCCAUCUGCCAGCAUGAACACAGCUCACCACAUACUACUGUUUGGCUGUGAGACACCCUGGACAAAAAAAGAUGUGUGGGACUGUGGAAGCAUGAGGGCCAUGUGCAGGGGUCAGAGCCAGAUUAUGUAUGCCUGGGCCAGGGACGCACCUCCAACUCAGAUACCUGAAGAUGUUGGAUUCCAAAUUGGUGGUGACAGUGGAGUGGACCACUUGAUCUUACAAGUACAUUAUGCACACAGUUUCCAGGAUGGAGCAGACUUGGAUCACUCUGGGCUCUCCCUGCACCUGACCUACAGACCGCAAAAGUUCAUAGCAGGGAUGUUCCUACUCGCAUCUGGAUAUGCCCACAUUCCUGCUCACUCAACAGGUGUGACUGUGGACCUGGCCUGUGGCUAUGAUGAUCCAGUAGAAAUCCAUCCCUUCGCCUUCCGUACCCAUGCUCAUGGACUAGGUCGAGUGGUCAGUGGCUAUGUGGUCAGGGACGGCCAUGAGUGGAUAGAGCUGGGCAGAGGGAACCCACAGUGGCCGCAGGCUUUCUACCCUAUGGCCAAUAUUAAGGACAAGGUCAUCUGGUCAACAGACAUUGUGGCUGCCAGAUGUGUGUUCGAUGCAGAGAACAAGGAUGUGGACACAUGGAUUGGAUCGACAUCCUCAGACGAGAUGUGUAACUUCUACAUGAUGUACUACACCGACCCUGUCCGGGGCUCCACCUUUAAGGAGUGCUCCUACCCCGGCGACGCUGACUUCUUCGCGGACAUUCCCGCCACCUCCAUGGUCGUGCCUGACGCCCCGGAGGGAGGGGGGCUGAAGGAGGGGUGGGAGGAGCACGUACACAUGCACCACCACCACGGACAUGGCAUGGGGGAGGAGGACAUGACAGGGAGCUUGUAUCUGCCUGAUCUUCCUGACUUACCGUACGACAUUACCCCGGAAAACUUGUUGAGCGAGCUGUACAACCUCUACACAGGGAUGGACGAGUCUACCACCAGAAAGUCUGGCACAUCGACUUACGCCAAAACCCUGGCUCCACCACCCAAGCCUAAAGUUACAACAAAGCAAAAGGAGGACAACUUUGAUGCAAUUACGGAGAAGACGAAGACUGUUGUGAGAGAGCAGCACCAAAGCACUGAGACAGGCAUAAUGCAGAGUGAGGAGGCACAGUCUAGUUCAGAAACGUCAACAGCAGGUUUACAACAUACAGAGUUGAGACUGGUGCAGGGCUGGCCGGACGGAUCGUUGGGCAGGCUGGGUCAGGUGGCCGGGGUGGGGGUGGACAGCAGCGGGAACGUGGUCAUCUUCCACAGGGGAGACCACGUCUGGGACGCAUGGUCCUUUGACUCUAAACGACAGUACAGAGAGAAAGACAAGGGGCCCAUCAGUACAGACACGGUCAUCUCUCUCAACCCACAAACUGGAAAGCCUGUACAUCAAUGGGGAAAGGACUUCUUCUAUCUCCCCCAUGGACUUACUCUGGACCACGAGGACAACGUCUGGGUAACUGAUGUGGCCAUGCACCAGGUGUUUAAGUUCCCCCCUGGUGGAGGGGACAAACCGUUACUGACCCUGGGGGAGAAGUUUGUCCCCAACUGGAGCACCGAUCACUUCUGUCAGCCCACGGAUGUGGCCGUGGAGAAGUCAUCAGGGGACUUCUAUGUGUCAGACGGAUACUGUAACAGCAGAAUUCUGAAGUUUGACAGGACUGGGAAGCUUCUUGAUGUUCUCGGAGUUCUUGACGCUUCACAAGGUAUUACAGCUUCCCAAGGCUUCACCCUGGACACACAGAUGGUGAUCCCCCACAGCCUGGCCCUGGCAGAGGACAAGCAUCAGCUGUGCACGGCUGACAGGGAGAACGGGAGGGUGGUCUGUUUCGACACGGAAACGGGGAACCCCACGCGGGUCAUCCAGCAUCCAGAGUUCGGGGAGAGACUCUUCGCUAUCAGCUACAGUCCUGCACAAGGUGGCCUGUUGCAUGCUGUGAAUGGACCCACGGAUCCCCCAACCACUCCUGUACAAGGCUUCACCAUGAAGUUUGAUGAUGGACAGAUACUCAAUACAUGGCCUGAUAAGGCUUUUAAGCAGCCCCAUGACGUGACCUGUGCCGGCCACAGUUCAGACGUGUACGUUGCGGAGAUAGGACCAAACAGAGUGUGGAAGCUGGAGGCAUCCAAAGAUCAGCUGAAGAAAGGAAACGUAGGCAGUCCGCAGGCUGAGUUUGAAGCCAACACUUCAGAGAAGACCACCCCAGGUCUAGGUACUGACCACAAGCCUACAAACCUUUACGAAUCACUUCUUAAAUCGCACAGAAUCCUUAAACUUCCCCACGGAGGAAAUUUGAGGGAGGACCUGAGCACCACCCUGAUCAUCGCCACCGUCCUGGUUGUCCCCCUGGUGAUCGUCGUGAUUAUUGCAGCGGUGGUGCGUUGCCGGGCGAGCGGGAGCCUGCGAUUCGACAAGCGCAAGAAGAGCACGCUUAAGUCGUGGAUGAACGGGUACAAGGAGAAGCACCAGAACGGCAUGUUCACCAACAAGAAGGGCUUCCAGAGGCUGAAGACAGAGGACAGUGAUCACGAGGAGGACCCGCUGACAGACUCGGAGGUGGAGGAGUACAACGCCGUCAGGAGUGUAUGAUAGCUUGGAAGUUCUUAGUAAGAUGUUGAACUUUAUUCCAACACACAGGUUAAACAGAUAGUUAAUGACCAAUCACUUUAAAACGUACUCUCGGGAGAGUUACAGACACAUGACCUUAUUCAUUAUUAUUAUAAAGUUCAACAUCUUACUAUGAUUACUACCAACACAGAUGAAGUUUCUUGAUAGCUUGGAAGUUCAUAAUAUUCUAACUUGGUAGAGAUCAUUCUGAAGCAAAGUUGAACGGUAUUCACAAUUCACAAUUGCAGUCACCUGGGUGCUCUGUCACCACACUGGACAAAGUAAAAUAUCGGACACAGCUCUAAGCAGUAUUUUUGCGACAGUGACAGAAGCUCUUUACAUCCGAUUCAGGGCCUUACUACCAUCCAUUAACAAAAGGGGGGGGGGCAUCAUAAACUUCCUAUAAUUUAUAAUUGACUGUGCACUGAGCCAUGUGUCCUAUCUUCAUAGCAUGACUUCACGGAAAUAGUGGAUUGUGCAUUCCUUGACAAACACUCAGGAGUUAUACAGGAUGGGUGUGUCCAAUUUUUAAGUUGUUUGGAAUUCCAGUUCAACUUUGCUCUAGAAUGAGUGUAUGAUUAUUACUGGACCACUAAAGGAUGUCAUGUUGUAAGACCUUAAUGUUUGUAUUCUCUCCUUCUUUUUCUUUCAUUCCUGUCUUCCUCUAGUCUCCAAGCAGGCUAGUCUUCCUCUGAAAAUCAAAUUGUUGUAUUGAGUUUGUGAUGUGCAUCUAGGAAAUACACGUUUUAUGGUACCUCAGGGUUGAUGAUGUAUGUGUAUGUAACAAUCCAGCAAGUCACUAAGUACAUGUCAGCUUGCUCUGGGAUGUGAUAAACUGUCCACCAACUUCAGUGUUCUAGUUAGCAUAGUUUGAGCACAUGUGAAUGUGAUGCCGUUUAUGCUGUGAUUUAAGCUCCUACUAACACUGUCUUUCUACCAGUGUAGGGGUAUUUCUUUCCAGGAGAAACAUUCACAAAUCUUUUUAAAAAUUAACAUUUUGGCAUCAGAUUGUGGAGAUGAGGCUUGCCAUUGACUGCUAGCGAAACAAGUUGUGCCACAAUCAUGCUUGUUCUAGGCUGUUAGGAGGCUCAUGCAUUCAAAAAGUACUGUCAAACCUGUACAAGUGACCACCUCUGCAUGAGGACCACCUU